GCAAGCUAUUUUGGGUAACCUGCCACAGAGGUCGGCCUUGGCAUCCACUCCAUUCACACCUGCGUCUACUUUAAAGAAAGGAUAUUAUAACCCAAACACCCAGCUUAGACCGUCAGAUUUAAAUGUCACAGCCCCUGCGUCAGGCAGCCUAAACAUGACCACGCCUGCUUUAGGCUCUAGGACUUGUCGCAAAAAACUGAACGAAUAUUUCUCACCAAGCAAGAAAUCGACACCUGGCAAGAUGAAAAGAUCAAAUGCAGAUGCCACCCAACCUGAAUCUCCAGCCACCCAGGACAAGCCAAGCAAGAGCAUCAGUUUCUUCCGGAGGAUGAGUGGUUCCCGUGCAAGUAAA